AGAAAACAGUUGAUGGUUGCAUAAAAAUAACCACAAAAAUGGAGCUCCUUUAUCUUCUGUGGUCAAUCAUCUCCAACACUUUCAUCUCCUUCACUCUCUCCCUCUUCCUAUCCUUCCGUCGUCUCUUCCCACACUCAACCGAUGCAACCAAUUCGUUCGCACUUUACCAAGGCACCGUUUGGCACGAACGACGUCGUCCCGUUCACCAUUCCUUCAAGUACUCCGUCCGUUACGCUUUCAUUGACCUUGACCUCGCUCCUCAUCCUCCACCCGAUCAUCUUUCGUCUCAACAAGCUCGCGAUAUUGCACACACCAAUGGCCCUGUUUUCUUGUUGACUAUUCCUCCGAGUGUUGGAUACGAACAAAAUCCGUUGAGUUUGUACUAUUGCUAUGAUGUAGAAGGAUCCACCAAAUGCUUAAAGCAAUGCAUUGCUGAGGUUACCAAUACGCCAUGGGGAGAAAGAGUACAGUUCGUUUUUAACCCAAACUUGGAUGUAGUUGCUAAACCGCUUCAUGUUAGCCCUUUCAUGGAUAUGCAUGGGAAGUGGAGCAUAAAGACAAGUGUACCCGGGGAUAAUCUUAUUGUAAACAUUUCAGUUAACCAUCCGAAGCUCGGUGAUUAUUUCACCGCUUCUUUAACUGCAAACAGGAUAUCUUCAUCAUCUGUUCAGCACGCAGUUUUUUUCUGGCUAAUGCCGCACAAAGUUGCCAUCUGGAUCUAUUGGCACGCUCUGAAACUAUGGUGGAAGAAGGUGGUGUUUAUUCAGCAUCCAAGAUACGAAAAUCCAUCGUACAAGAAAGAUGCAAUCGCGCGUGACAGAAAUCUUGGGUGUUGCCAGGCGUUUUCAGUGCAAACUGAUAAUCAGCCUCAAGUUGAACCGAAUGAUCGUUGGAUCAGAUGGAGAGAUGCUAAAUGGCCCUGGUGCUGAAUAAAUAGAUCAUACAAGUCAUCCACUUUGUUGUUAAGUUAUAUAAUACCGAUUCAUUAACGUGUCACAUUUGAUGACUCGAUAACAAGUUUGUAUCUGUUUAUACUAUGAAAAAUUGUUGCUAAUGAAUUUGCAACAAAUUUAGUCCGAAAAUUAUUGUAUUUUUACAUGUA